GACACUGAGUCAUCUUCACUUGAAUCCCUUCUCUGCAACGACAAACCAGACCCUUCGUCCGUUCGUUGUUGUCGUCGCCGUCGGCCACAGCUCGCCAUCGCUCGAAUUUCUAUGCUCCUUUAGGCAUGACUUGAGGUGGUAGGUUAUUGUGAAGGUACCAGAGACAAGGUCAUUUGAGCAGACAUUUUACCACGACACUUGCAGUGUUUCCACAUCUUCAGAGAUGGCUGUCAUUGAUGAUGGUUUGAAGAAGCUCGAGUACCUUUCCUUAGUUUCCAAAGUCUGUUCAGAGCUGGAAUCUCAUCUAGGCUUUGGGGAUAAAGUUCUAGCUGAGUUCAUAACAGAGAUGGGACGAAACUGUGAGAGCGUGGAUGAAUUUGAUGCCAAAUUGAAGGAAAAUGGUGCCGAGAUGCCUGAUUACUUUGUCCGCACACUUCUCACUAUCAUUCACGCAAUUCUUCCUCCGAAGCCAAAAUCUGAGGAUGACUCAAUUAUAGGGAGUAAUACUCAAGGUAAGAAGACCAAGUUUAAGGCUUUGUCUAUUGCUGAUAACAGGGAUAGGAUAAAUGAUAUACAGAGGGAAAUUGAGAUGGAGACCAAGGAAAAGAAAAAUGUCCAAGAAGAGUGGGGUGAUGAGCAUGAACAAGAUAGGCGUAGAGGUAGAGAUAAGGAUAGAUAUGGGGAAAGAGAUGGAGACAGAGAUAGAGAUAGGGAUAGGAGACAAAGGGGCAGGGAGAGGUAUGACAGAGAUGAGAGGCGUAGAGAUACUCAUAAGGAUUAUCAUAAGGGAAGGCAUACAGACCGGUCUGAUAAGCACAGGAGGGAUGGGUAUGAGGAGGGUGAAAAUGUUAGACAAGAUGGAGGUAACAGGAGAGGAGGUGAGGAUCAGGGGAAAGGACUACAGAAUUCUGAUGAGCCUGAAUUGUAUCAGGUUUAUAAGGGUAGAAUAUCAAAAGUCAUGGACACUGGUUGCUUUGUUCAGUUCAAUGACUUCAGGGGGAAGGAGGGUUUGGUUCAUGUUUCACAGAUGGCAACUCGGCGGAUUAAUAGUGCUAAAGAUGUGGUGAAGAGGGAUCAAGAGGUCUAUGUUAAGGUGAUUUCAGUUUCUGGUCAGAAGUUGAGCCUUUCAAUGAGGGAUGUUGAUCAGCAUACUGGAAAGGAUUUGCUUCCAUUGAAGAAGAGGUCAGAGGGUGAUGCUCUUAGGACGAACCCAUCAGUAUCAAAGGAUGACGGGCCUGUGACACGUACUGGUCUUUCUGGGAUUAGAAUUGUGGAAGAGAACAAUGUUGUCCAUUCUCGCCGGCCAUUAAAGAGAAUGAGCUCACCGGAAAAGUGGGAAGCCAAACAGCUGAUUGCCUCAGGUGUUUUGGGUGUUACAGAAUAUCCAAUGUAUGAUGAGGAAACAGAGGGGAUGCUUUAUGAAGAAGAGGGAGCUGAAGAGGAACUUGAGAUUGAGCUAAAUGAGGACGAACCAGCCUUUUUGCAAGGGCAAAGCAGGUAUUCUGUAGAUAUGUCACCUGUGAAAAUCUUUAAGAAUCCAGAGGGGUCAUUAAGUCGUGCAGCUGCACUUCAAUCUGCCCUUAUUAAAGAGCGCAGAGAAGUGCGUGAGCAGCAGCAAAGAACCAUGUUGGAUUCAAUCCCAAAGGAUCUGAAUCGUCCUUGGGAAGAUCCAAUGCCAGAGACUGGAGAGAGGCACCUUGCACAGGAGCUUAGAGGUGUUGGUUUGUCAGCCUAUGACAUGCCUGAGUGGAAGAAGGAUGCUUUUGGGAAGACGGUCAGUUUUGGGCAGAGAUCAAAGCUCUCACUUCAGGAACAGAGGCAGAGCUUGCCCAUCUACAAGCUCAAGAAUGAAUUGGUUAAGGCCGUGCAUGACAAUCAAGUUCUUGUUGUCAUUGGUGAGACUGGUUCGGGCAAGACAACCCAGGUAACACAAUAUCUUGCAGAAGCGGGUUACACGACAAUGGGUAAGAUUGGGUGUACACAACCACGUAGGGUGGCUGCAACAUCUGUAGCCAAGAGAGUUGCUGAAGAAUUUGGUUGUCGUUUGGGGGAGGAAGUUGGCUAUGCUAUUCGUUUUGAGGAUUGCACUGGCCCUGAUACUGUCAUCAAGUACAUGACUGAUGGUAUGCUUCUUAGGGAAAUUUUGAUUGAUGAGAACCUUUCUCAGUACUCUGUGGUCAUGCUUGAUGAAGCUCAUGAGAGGACAAUCCAUACAGAUGUUCUUUUUGGAUUGUUAAAGAAACUUAUCAAGCGGAGAACAGACCUCCGUUUAAUUGUCACAUCUGCUACCUUGGAUGCUGAGAAGUUUUCAGGGUAUUUCUUUGACUGUAACAUCUUCACUAUACCGGGUAGAACUUUUCCUGUAGAGAUACUUUACACCAAGCAGCCAGAAAGUGAUUAUCUUGAUGCAUCUCUAAUCACUGUUCUACAGAUUCACUUGACAGAACCUGAAGGGGACAUCCUUCUCUUCUUGACAGGACAGGAAGAAAUUGAUUUCUCAUGUCAGUCACUUUUUGAGAGGAUGAAAGGUCUUGGUAAAAAUGUACCUGAGUUAAUUAUUUUACCGGUUUAUAGUGCCCUUCCUAGUGAAAUGCAGUCAAGGAUAUUUGAGGCAGCCCCACCUGGGAAGAGGAAAGUAGUUGUGGCUACAAAUAUUGCUGAGGCAUCACUAACCAUCGAUGGAAUAUUUUAUGUGAUUGAUCCUGGAUUUGCAAAGCAAAAUGUUUAUAACCCAAAGCAGGGGCUGGAUUCACUGGUCAUAACCCCAAUUUCACAAGCAUCAGCCAAACAAAGGGCUGGACGUGCUGGGCGUACUGGGCCCGGGAAAUGUUACCGCCUCUACACUGAGAGCGCAUACCGCAAUGAGAUGUCCCCUACUUCAGUUCCAGAAAUUCAGAGGAUAAAUCUUGGGUUAACAACGCUUACCAUGAAAGCAAUGGGAAUAAAUGAUCUGCUGUCUUUUGAUUUUAUGGAUCCUCCCUCACCCCAGGCACUCAUUUCUGCCAUGGAACAACUAUACAGUUUAGGAGCACUCGAUGAGGAGGGGCUUCUCACCAAACUGGGUAGGAAAAUGGCUGAGUUUCCUAUUGAUCCACCACUAUCUAAGAUGCUACUGGCCAGUGUGGACCUUGGAUGCAGUGAUGAAAUUUUGACCAUGAUUGCCAUGAUUCAGACGGGCAAUAUAUUUUACAGGCCUAGAGAGAAACAAGCCCAAGCUGAUCAGAAGAGAGCAAAGUUUUUCCAGCCAGAGGGAGACCAUCUGACUUUACUUGCAGUGUAUGAGGCUUGGAAAGCUAAGAACUUUUCUGGGCCAUGGUGUUUUGAGAAUUUCGUUCAGUCUCGAUCCCUUAGGAGGGCACAGGAUGUCAGGAAACAGCUUCUAAGCAUCAUGGACAAGUAUAAGCUGGACGUUGUGAGUGCUGGAAAGAAUUUCACUCAGAUUAGGAAGGCAAUAACGGCUGGAUUUUUCUUCCAUGGUGCUAGAAAGGACCCUCAGGAGGGGUAUAGGACUUUGGUGGAGAACCAGCCAGUUUAUAUUCAUCCAAGCAGUGCACUCUUCCAGAGACAACCAGAUUGGAUCAUCUACCACGAGUUGGUUAUGACUACGAAGGAGUAUAUGCGUGAGGUAACAGUCGUUGACCCCAAAUGGCUUGUGGAACUAGCGCCCAGGUUCUUUAAAGUGGCAGACCCUACUAAGAUGAGUAAGCGCAAGCGUCAAGAGCGUGUUGAACCGCUCUAUGACAGAUAUCAUGAACCGAACUCUUGGCGUCUUAGUAAACGACGUGCAUGAUUUGUGUUUUUUUUCAAGCCUGCUGUCAGCGUAAACUU